AAGCUUCAGAAUGAGCAUAAUCAUCUUAUUGGAAGCCUUAAUGAUAUCUCUUUUUUACCUUUAUCGGAUAAUACGAAGGAAGCCAUAUUACAAAAGUUGCGUGAAGGUUAUGGUAUAGGAGACACAAGAACUGCAGUUCGACGCCAUUUUAAUGAAAAGAUAAGAGAUCAUUUUCCUGAAGCUGCUAGUUCGCCAUCCUCUUCAGUAUAUGUUGUACACCGUAAUCAGUUUGUCCAUUCGGAAGAUGUUUACAACAUAUAUAAAAAACGUUCAAGAGCUAUCAUAUAAAAAACACAAUGAACAGAAAGAAUCGACCAAGCUCUGGCUGAAAGAUCUUCAGCAACAACGAGGUUACUUUACCUAUAUUGCUCAAGGUUUCGAACAGAGUUAUACAUUCGGCUUUGUUUCUCCAUGGCAAAGGUAACAACUAGUUCGAGCUGAAUCAUUUUGCCUGGAA